AUGGUACCUCGACCAGCUCCGCCAGUGUCACCACCUCUUAUACCCCAAUACUUCGCAGGGAAAGAAGUGUUCAUCACCGGAGCUACAGGGUUUAUGGGAAAGGUGUUGGUAGAGCGUCUGUUAUGGACUUGUCCAGAGAUAGCCAAACUUCAUCUGCUGAUGAGACAGAAGAAAGAUAUACCGCCAGAAAAGAGACUGAAGCAGUUGAAGCAGUCGCAGGUUUUCGAUGUCACCAGAGAACAUUGUCCUCAACAACUGGAGAAGCUUAGUAUCGUAGCCGGGGACGUGAUUAAACCGAAGUUGGGCCUCAGCAAAGAUGCUGUACAACAAUUAAGUGAGGUGUCCGUGGUAUUCCACUCGGCGGCGAUCCUGAAGUUCGACGAGCCCCUCGCCGUGGCAGUGGAGCAGAACGUGAGAUCCGUUCUGAAGGUGAUGGACCUCUGCGAUCAGCUCCCUUUGAUGCAGGUGUUUGUGUACGUUUCUACCGCGUAUAGUAACGCUGAUUUAUCUAGCGUAGAAGAGCGUGUUUACCCGGCGCCGCUCAAUCUGCAGCAUCUGUUUGCCCUUGUCGACAAUCUACCCGAGCAUCUCCUCGCUGAAAUUACUCCUGGCUUAAUACCACCGAAGCCCAAUGUGUACACGUUCACGAAAGCCAUGGCUGAGAGCGCGCUAGCGGAUCGAGCAAGCCACUCCAAGUAUGCUACAGCAAUCUUCAGACCCUCCAUAGUGGUAUCUUCAAUGCAAAAUCCUUUCCCUGGAUGGAUAGAGAACCUUAACGGGCCUUGCGGCGUCGUGGUCGGCACCGGCAAGGGACUGCUCCACGUCCUCAACUGCUCAGGAGACAAGAGGGCCGAUAUGAUACCGGUGGACAUCGUCAUCGAUACACUGAUAGCCGUCGCCUGGGAGACAGGAGUGGAUGAUUUGCGAGAAACUCGCGUGUACAACUGCUGCUCGUACGACAACCCGACGACGUGGGGGGAGUUUAAGCGCCGCAUGCUGCAAGGAGUGCGAAGGUACCCCUACGGCAUGCCGCUCUGGUACCCCUGUGGGUUCUCUAUAGAGAACGGGUUGGUGACGAAGGUGAGCCAGUGGCUGCUGCAGACCGCCCCCCUCCACACCUUAGACUUUGUGUUCACUAUGUUUGGGAUCAAGUCGCGUCCUUCCCUGGCGGCAAUAAGCCAUCGUCUCCAGGCCAUGAACGACGCUCUCAAGUACUUCAUGACCCGCGAGUGGAAGUUCAGCACCGACAACGUCCGGCGGCUGCGGGACCGGCUGGCGCCCGCCGAUGCUGCCCUCUACAACCUGGAUGUGCAAACUAUCGAUUGGGAAGAUCACUGCGUCAAGUUUGUGCAGGGCACGCGCCGGUACUUGCUCCACGAACAAGUCGACGCCUCGCGCUGCGCUCACUUGAGAAUGAGAAUGUUAUAUAUAGUUCACCGAUUGAUGCAGUUAUUGAUAGUACUCUUCUUGUAUCGUCUCUCGAAGCGGUCCGUUCCUGCCAUCUUGUGGGCAAUGUUCAAACUAAAAUCUGUAAAGAACUCAAAAUAUGGAUCAAGUUAA